CGGGGGGAGAGGUGAAGGAAGCCCGGGGUCUGAGGAUGGAGCGAUUUUAGGAGAUAACGACGAGCUCCCCCGUCGGAGAUAAGAAACCAGACCCAUCUACAUGACCAAAGAAAGAAGACCGGCCCCGCGAAACGUUACACCUCCUGAAGACGCCCCAAGCAUCCCCCACCACCCCCCUUUAUAACCGAUCAGCUGGCGUACGUUGGUCGAUCCUCACCGGUCCCGACCAUGUCCGUGGAAGAGCAGAGCUUCCCCGACGUGGCGCGCUGGCUGCCGGCCGCGCCGCAGUGGGUGCAGGCCGAGAUCGAGCGUCUCUCCCGGGAGCUGGGGGAGACCACGAGCGAGAAGAUCCGGGCGGCGCAGUACGGGCUGGCGGUGCUGGAGGAGAAGCAGCAGCUCAAGCAGCAGUACGAAGACCUGGAGGUCGAGUACGAGGCCGUCAAGCAGGAGGUCGACCAGCUGAAAGAGGCCUUCGGACAAGCCUACUCCAACCACAGGAAGGUGGCGGCGGACGGGGAGAGCCGGGAGGAGUCUCUCCUCCAGGAGUCUGCCUCUAAGGAGGCCUACUACGAGCGGCGGGUCCUGGAGCUGCAGAACGAGCUCCGCCAGGCGCGCAACGUCCUCACCAACAGCCAGUCGGAGAACGAACGCCUGAACGCCAUCUCCCAGGAGCUGAGAGAGAACAGCCAGACGGUGGAGCUCCAGAGGAACCAGCUGCGUGACGACGUCAAGGAGUACAAGUUCCGGGAGGCUCGUCUGCUGCAGGACUACAGCGAGCUGGAGGAGGAGAACAUCUCGCUGCAGAAGCAGGUCUCCGUGCUCAAGCAGAGCCAGGUGGAGUUUGAGGGUUUGAAGCACGAGAUCCGGCGCCUGGAGGAGGACACUCAGUUCCUUAACAGCCAGCUGGAGGACGCCAUCCGACUGAAAGAGAUCGCCGAGCGUCAGCUGGGCGAGGCGCUGGAGACCAUCAAGACGGAGCGCGAGCUGAAGGCGUCCCUGAGGAAGGAGCUCUCCCACUACAUGAACAUCGGGGACACGCUUUGCCACAGCCCCCUCAGCAUCUCCCUGGACGGUCUCAAGUUCAGCGACGCCGCCGCCGCCGAGCCCAACAACGACGACGCCCUCCACGGAUACGAGAGCGGCCUCACCAAGCUGGCCAACGCCAUCGCCUGCGACAACCGCGUGCCGGCGCCCGAGAAGGACGAGCCCUUCCACCCGGCGCCCAGCCUCGUGGACGACCUGCUGAGCGAGCUCAACAUCUCGGAGAUCCAGAAGCUCAAACAGCAGCUGAUGCAGAUGGAGCGUGAGAAGGUCAACCUGCUGUCCAACCUGCAGGACUCCCAGAAACAGCUCGAGCAGGUCAACGGCGCUCUGUCCGAACACCAGGAGAAGGUCAACCGCCUCACGGAGAACCUCAGCGCCAUCCGCAAGCUCCAGGCCAGCAAGGAGCGCCAGUCCGCCUUGGACAACGAGAAAGAACGCGAUAGCAACGAGGACGGAGACUACUACGAGGUGGACAUCAACGGGCCGGAGAUCCUGGAGUGCAAGUACAAGGUGGCUGUGUCUGAAGCGGGAGAGCUGAAGGAGGAACUGAAGACUCUGAAGACCGAAUACCAGGCCUGUCAGUCUCGUUACGAGGAGGAGCGCAGCCGCCUGGAGGUCGACGUCACAACGCUGGAAGGGAAGCUGGCGACGCUGGAGAAGACGAGUCACACGGACAAAGAAGAGAAGGCCAAGCUAGAGAAGGAAGUGCGCAAGUUGAGCUACGUGGCAGGCGAGUCCCAGGGAAGUCUAAGUGUCGCCCAGGACGAGCUGGUCACCUUCAGCGAGGAGCUGGCCACCCUCUACAACCACGUCUGCAUGUGCAACAACGAGACGCCCGACCGCGUCAUGCUCGACUUCUACAAGCAGGGCAAAGGCGGGCGGAGCAGCCCGGAGGGCCGCGGCCGCCGCUCCCCCAUCCUGCUGACCAAGGGCCUCUUCCCGGAGCCCGGCAAGACCGAGCCCGGCGACGGCUCCCCGUCCUCGCUGCCUUCCCCCGUGUCGGACCACCGCCGGGAGCCCAUGAACAUCUACAACCUGGUGGCCAUCAUCCGGGACCAGAUCAAGCACCUGCAGCUGGCCGUGGACCGCACCACGGAGCUGUCGCGCCAGCGGGUGGCUUCACUGGAGCUCGGCACCGUGGCCGACAAGGACAAGGAAGCCUGCGUGGAGGAGAUCCUCAAGCUCAAGUCUCUGCUCAGCACCAAGAGGGAGCAGAUCGCAACCCUGCGCACCGUCCUCAAGGCCAACAAGCAGACCGCCGAAGUCGCUCUGGCCAAUCUGAAGAGCAAGUACGAGAACGAAAAGGCCACGGUGACGGAGACCAUGAUGAAGCUGAGGAACGAGCUCAAGGCCCUGAAGGAGGACGCCGCCACCUUUUCCUCCCUCCGAGCCAUGUUCGCCACACGGUGUGACGAGUACGUGACCCAGCUGGACGAGAUGCAGAGGCAGCUGGCCGCGGCGGAGGACGAGAAGAAGACGCUCAACUCGCUGCUGCGGAUGGCCAUCCAGCAGAAACUGGCGCUGACUCAGCGCCUGGAGGACCUGGAGUUCGACCACGAGCAGACCCGCCGGGGGGGCAACGCCACCCGGGUCAAGGCCCGCAGCAAGGCGGCGGCGGCGGCCGCUGCGGCGGCGGCCGGCCCCUGCGCCCUCCCCCACGUGAGUCAGAGCUUCACCUGCUCGGAGCUCAGCAACGCCAUGCCCAACGGCAUUCUGGGAGGCCCGCCGGCCUUCUGCAGCGAGAAGUACAAGAUCUACUGUGACUGAGAGGCGGCCGGCGAGUCCGCAAGGGGCCGCUGUGUACAGAGGGGAGGGCCGAACCCUCCCCGCCGUAGUGUUAAAGGGCCCCACCCGCUCGCUUAGCUGCCCGCGUUCCUCUUAUGACGCCGCGCGCCCAACCGGCUGCUGGCGUGCGCCCCUGUCAUCGCUUUGGGGCGUUCUGGUGUGUGUGUGUGUGUGUGUACAGUUUGCACUAGACGUUUGGACUGUACUAGACAUAUAUGGCAUGUGGAUUAUAGGGCCCCCCUGGUUAUAUUGGGGGGGGGGUUUCAUGGGUAUAAUGGCGUGUCUAUUCUCUCCUCUGUCCUAGUGCGUAACAAGGUGGCAGCUUUUGUGCUUGUUUGUUCUGCCCCCCCCCCCACCGGCUCCCCCCCAUGAGUGUAUUACCUGGUGAAAGGUAAUACACCUUUACAAAAAGCCUCCUCCGCUUCCUGCCCCGCCGACGCCCCCCCCCCCCACCAGGACUGACCUGCAUCCAGCAGCCCACUGUCUAAAUCAGGUCAAAGUAAAAGCAACUUUGAAGAGAACGAAACUAAAAAAUAUGCAAUCUCCCCUCUUGCUUUUCUGGCAAGGAGGGGGGGGGGGGGCGCCACGGUGUGAUUCUACACAGAAAUUCCCACAGUGGGUUUGCUGCUGGUUUUAUAACGGCUGGGGCAGAAAUGGAUCACAGGUGUUUAUUUCAGGAUCCUUUUUAAAGCCGUGACGCGGGUUAGGGUCAGUCAGUGUCGCAUGGCUUUGCCGCUUUCAUUAAACCGUUCGUAUGGCGCGGGACGAACCUCCUGCACCGCGGUGUGAGAGGAGGAGUUAUGUGGUGUGUGUGUGUGUGUGUGUGUGGUGAAACACAGGAGGGCUAUUCCGUGUGACCCCGUUGCGAUGGAUUCUUUCCGAGCCAUAUAUUCCGAAGGUCGGACGUCUCCCAAAUGAAGUGCACUUCGGCGAAGGUGCCUCGGGUUCCGGGCCCCCCCCCCCCGUUCAAAUGGACACGCGGAUCACCGUAAAAAACAGAGAUGCGCUGUGGUAUUUUUUAAAAUGCGGACCGAAUCCUCGAAGAGCACAAAUAUUUAAAAAGAAGAAGAAAAAAAAGGCACCAACAACGUGCACAACAAAAAGCCUGCAAACGAAAACCGACCGACCGCUCGGCCAAAGUGCCUGCCGACCCAAUUGCGUGAUCUAUCGAUCUACCUGUUGACGUAAAGCCCCCCUCUGAAUGUCUUCGGUCGGGUAACGUCCUCGCGUGCGCCGUGUUCCCUGUGUUUGCCUGUGCGUUUAUGUGACGGGCCCUCGGUGUGUAUUACGGUUCUAACCUUUUUGCAAACGGAGGGUCUCUCUUUUUUUUUUUUUUUUUGUUGUUGUUAGUAUUAUUUUUUUGGUGUGUGAGGACAGCGAGUGACUUACUGUUUUUGUAUCCACUAUAGCUUUAAACCCUUGCAAGCUAGCGUCACGCAAAUAGUAAGAAAAAACAAAAGUGGGGCUUGUAUUUUAAUAAAUCCAUGUACUGCUCGCGGAUCACAGACGCGUUCGCUUUAUGGUGCUGAAAGCAGGGUUGAUGAGGAGAUCCUGCAAGGUUGAUCAAAUUAUGCGUUUUCUACUGCCACUAUGCUAUAUAUUGAAAUCUAUAUUCUUAAUACGGUCAUGUUCAGGUUUAUAAUCUUGCAGGAUCCGACCACAGUGUUCCUCCCUCUAAAGAGAGGGAGCUUGAUUAAGGCGGAGUCAACCCUGCUUGAGAGUGCAUCCGUGAAGCCGCGGCCUGGAGACAAGGCCGCCGUGCACGCCUCCCGAGAGGCCGCCGUGCACGCCUCCCGAGAGGCCGCCGUGCACGCCUCCCGAGAGGUCACUCACCCGUACGUCUGAGAUUCACUUCACUUCCAAGCGUGAUGCAUUCUUUCUCUACUUUUUUUUUUUGCUCUCCUACUGUGGAGGAGCUAAAUGAAUCCAGUGAGAAACCCGCAGUCCUCUUUUGUUGGAGGGAAGGACUUGAUUCUCGUUAUUUGGCAGAGAUGAAUUCCCACGUCUCCUCGCGUGGUUUGAAAAUUGAUGUCUUGGCUUUUCUGCUGUCUUAACAGCGUGCCACCUGUAAAGCUCCUCCUACCUCGGCUGCAGGCUCCUCCUACGUCCCAUUUCCCAAGUUUUAUCACAUGAUGCAUCCAGUUUCUGAUUCACAGUCAGCCUGCACGUCAGCCCAUUCUCCAUCAACUUGUAUGGCUCAUUUUGACCCCGGGGGGGGGGUGAGAUAACGCUUCAUCUUCAUUCGGACUUGAAGAAAAAUGUUAAUAGGAAAACCUUGAUUACCGAUUUUUUGCUAAAAAAGAAAUGAGCUAAUCUCGCCCCUCCAAUAAGAACACAGGGUCUGGUGUCAUCUUUUUUGUUUUGUUUUAGCUGUUUUUUUUAUUUUUUUAUCUGUGCACUUUCAUUAUAUAGGACUAUAACAUUAUUAACCUGUAGGAAAGCGUGGUAGUUCUAUGGUUUGUCAGCUAUUCAUUAUAGGAUGUAAGACUGUAGGAUUCUACAUAUGAAUUAAAUAACAAAAUAACAAAGCUCUAAAGGCUCCACAAACCACAGACCUGCUAUCACGACUUUAUCCUCAAGAUUAUCCAUUGAAUAAUCAUGUUUUAAAUUAUUUUGUUACAUUGUAUGUUAACCUUUUUGGUGUUUCUUUUGUGUUUGUUCUACUGCCAUGUUCUUCACAAGAGAAAAAAUCCUGGGUGAUCAAACUCUGGGUUUUUUUCAUGUAUUUAUUAUUCCUAGGAAUAGAUUGAAAUAACACAAUGAAACUUUGGACAACGCCCUGACUCAAAUAGGUAAGUUGUGUCUCAGCAGGGGGGGGGGGAUUUGAGUGCCAUGAUGUGCUUUUCUCCUCACUCCUUACCGAGGGCGUUGCGCUGAAACGGGACCACUGACCCCCAGAAUUCUCUGCAAGUGCAACAAUUAAAUUCAAAAUGGGAAUUGUUUCAUUCUCUCUUGAUUUAUCGUGCCAAAUCCUGGUGCCCCGUCGAAAAACAAAAGGUGGAAACCAAUCGAGACUGGGGAGGGAGCCCACCCCCCACUGAGGCAGAUGUAUUUUGGAAGGGGGGGGGGGGGGGCGAGGCUCUCCAAAGCCAGCGCCGGGGAUCUAGUCUUUGGUUUGUUCAGUUUCCGUUUGUGACCAGUAGUGCCUUUCAUUGUUUCAAGGGAGAACCGUAGACUAGUAUUUUAUGUUUUACCUUCUGUUUUUUACAGGAAAGGACUUUGGGUUCAAAGUGACUGUGAGCAGCAAUAAGUGCAAACGGCCAUUUUCCCGUCUGCACGAGUGAUGUGAACGUCUUUGAAAUUAGCUCAAUAAAACUGAAGUUGUAUUGAAUUCUGCAGGUCAGUGGUCCCACUCAUUAAAUUCAGGGGUAUUAUGAAAAGUUUUUUAAUUUUUUUUUAUUGAACUUUGGGAACCAAAUGAAAUCCCUUUGGCCUCCUGCUGUUGGACAAAAACGCUGGGAGCUUCUCGCGAGGUAUCGGAGGAGGUUGGUGUACUAUUGGAAACUUCUACGCAUCUCUAGCUUUGUUUGGUGAAGGUAACGUGAUAUCCAUAGUAUUGUUGAAAAAAUGUGCACGAGAGCGCAUUUUCUCUUUGUUUGUCCAAUUUGAGUUUUUUUUUUUUUUUUUUUGAGUUUGCUGUUUUGUUAUUAUCGUGUUUUUUCUACAUCCUCUUUGAGCAUUAUGUUUUCAGGAAACAGAAAACAAACGGAGCAUCAACAAGCUUGAAUAGUGCCAUUAAAGCCAAUGCUUGUUUGUUGAGGCCUUAAAGUUACCAAUACGGACGGGAAGCUAGGAAAUAAAAGUGCAAUUCAGACGUUUUAGAUUUUGAAAAACAAGGAAAAGUUUUCUGUUUGCUGGAAGCGAUAGCGUUGUGAUAAUACAAUUAGCUGUGCAAACUAUAUUGUCAUAUUGUGUUUCAGUAUUGAUCCAUAAUGAGUUUGAUAUCUUUAUAUGAAAUAACGACUUCACCUGUAUGUUGGUAUUUAUUUGAAUUGUCAUGCAGUACUGUAUUCCUAUCAAUAAUGUGCAUUAUGAUUAGUGACAUAUUGAUAAAAGCUAAAUGUCAUAUGCAUGUUUUCCCAGUCAUGGGACCUUUACACAGAAUUGAAAACAAACACGUAAAACUUUUUAUCAGGGUGUAAAAUUGUUUUUUGGGGGGAAAAAAGAGACUAGUAAAGUCUGAUGUAUUACUGCUGAACUAAUCCUGCAAAAGUGUUUUGUUUGUUUUGCAGCCGAGAGGCCAAGUGUCUGUGUAAAGGUCGUCAUGCUGGCUAAAAAUCAAUAAAUGUGACUCCAGUUCCAAA